AUGUCUGUGCUGGUGGUCUCCCUGCUGCUUUGGGGCCUCUCCCUGGGUCCAGCCACUAAGGCAGCCACAUAUAUUGACACCCGGCCGAGCCUAUGGGCAGAGGUCGAAUCCCUGCUGGAACCCUGGGCCAACGUAACACUGACGUGCCAGGCCCACCAGGGCAGCCUGGAGUUCCAGCUGUUCAAGGAUGGGGUGGCCCAGGAGCCCGAGCACCUACUUGGUAUGGAGCACAAGUUCCUUCUGGGAGCAGUGACCAGUGAAACCCGUGGACUCUACCGCUGCCGGACGGGCAUGGGCGGCAGGUGGACAGAGUUGAGCAACCUGGUGGAGCUGUCUGGGGCAGACUCCCUAGCCCCACCCUUGCUCUCGGCUGAGCCAGUGUCUUGGAUCACUCGGGGCUUGGAUACAACUCUGGUGUGCCGCGGGGGGCUGCAGGGUGUGACCUUUCUCCUGAAGCGGGAAGGCGAUGAUGAGUUUCUGGAGGUGGCUGAGGCCCCCAAGGACACAAAGGCCACUUUUUUGGUCCACCGUGCUGGCAACUACAGUUGUAGCUACCGGACUUAUGCAGCAGGCAACCUCUCAGAGCCCAGUGCCACCAUGAGGAUUGAGGAGCUAGAGGCACCACCCCCACCUGCGCUGAGCCUCCAGAGAGAGACCACGGCAGUCCUGCGCCCGGGCACCCGCGCUAGCUUCCUCUGCGUGGCGCCCUUGAGCGGUGUGGAAUUCCAGCUGCGGCGGGGGGAGGCCUCACUGCUCGUAAAGAUGAGCUCCACCAGCCCAGAUCGAGUUUUCUUCGACAUGGACACGGUGGCGCCCAGCGAGAGCGGCCUGUACACCUGCCGCUAUCGGCUGCGUGAAGGGCAUGCUGCCUGGUCCAUGGACAGCGCACCUGCGGAGCUGCUGCUGAGCGACGGGACGCUACCUGCGCCGGUGCUGGAGCCGGAGGCGAGCCCCAGCCCUGCGCCCGGUGAGCUGGUGCGGCUCCUGUGCCACGCGCCCUUGGCCGGCAUGCGCUUCGCCCUGGAGCGCGAGGACGCGCACGGGCGCCGCGUGCGCGGCCGUCUGAGUCCCGCGGGCGCGGUGGCCCACUUCGAGCUGCGCGAUGUGUCGGUGCAGGACUCAGGCAACUACAGUUGCGUCUACGUGGACCCCGAGCCGCCCUUCGCGGGCUCGGUGCACAGCGCGCCUGUGGAGCUGCGCGUGGACGGUCCCCCUCCCAAGCCGCAGCUCCGGCCCCUGUGGCGGGGUGUGGUGACCCCAGGUCGGGAUGCUGUCCUACACUGCGAGAGCCCAUUGUCCGAUGUCACCGUCGAGCUGCUUCGGGAGGGUGAGGUGGUGACGUCGACUGUGCACUGGGACACUGGCCCCGGAGUGGACCUUGUACUGACCUACGUGGGGCCCCAGCACGCUGGCAACUACAGCUGCCGCUACCGUUCCUGGUGGCCCAAUCCCUUGCUGUCAGACCUCAGUGACCCUGUGGAGCUACAGGUGGCAGCUGCAUCUAUUCCCACUGGGGCACCAGGAGGCAAUGCAGAGGCCACCUGCGUUUUGUGGUCCUGCCAGCACGGCUCAAGCUGCCAUGUGGACCAUAUUCCAAGCCCAAAGCCGGCCUCUGGCAUGCGAGCUACAGACAAGGGCAGACACAUAUCUUACAAUAAAAUGGGUGGUGGAGAUGCUCAGAGCAUCAUGGAGAAGCGAUGCAGCUCCUCAGUGACAAGAGACCGAGUGAGUGGGGGACAGAAAGUCAUGGAGAUGGACACCGCGAGUCAGUGA